GUCAACAAAGAGGACGAGAAACAUCCACAACAAGUGCAGGAGGACGAGGAAACAAUGCAGUUCAUCAACGAUACGAACAUCACAAACUCAACCAAGCCCUCCACCGUGGAAUCUAUUACGUGGAUAGAACAGUAUGAAGAAGCAAAAGCUGUUUACAUUUUCCGCGUGACCCUCUUCUCCGUUAUCAUCUCGGCCAGUAUAAUUGACAACUCCAUGGUUUUUUAUGCUGUGUGGAGUAUACCUUCUCGUAAGCCUCUAUCCUACCAUCUUGUCGCUAACAUGGCCUUUGCGGAAGUCCUAAGUAGCGUUUGUUUGGUCGUUAUGUUUGCGAGCUGGCAGAAUCCGACAAACGCCGUUCUUCAAGAGGCCGCCUGCGUUUUGAAUACAUUCCAAGUGAUUGCUCUUCUCGUUGUGACCUACUCACUGGCUGCUUUCGCUUUCUAUCGUUACAGAUUCAUUGUAAACCCAUUUCCACGUGGACCAUCAGUUAAGAAGAUCAUAAUUCUAACCAUAGCUGGGCCUUGGUUGUUGUCAUUUGUAAUCGCCUGUCCCUUUUUCAUCGGUCUCAGGUUGAGAAAUGGCAGAUGCAUCGAGCUGCCUAUCACAAACAAUGAGUACUAUGCGAUCGUUAGAUUCAUCUUGAAUUACGCUUUACCUUAUGUGAUAAUGCUGGCAUCUUACGGAGCAGUGGCAUGGAACUUGAAGAGGCGAAUUAUGCAGAUUAACCAAAGAAAGUGGACCUCGACUGCCGAAUCGUCUUGUGUUGUUCACAUCGAAGAUCAAAUGGGACUACAAGAUUUGGGACAGGACGCAAGAAUGAAGGAACAAAGGAGUGUCGUGCUCGACAAAAAUAACCAGAGAGACUGUAAACGCAACAGCACAGACCCAGAGAAAGAUUUGCUGAAGAUGAUUUUUGUGCUUAUUAUUAUUUUUGUUGUUUGUUAUUUUCCGUAUCAAGCCCAUUAUGUGUGGGAAAGGGUUUGUAAGAUCGAUGCGUAUGAAUUUCGAUAUCAUCAACUCUUUAUGGAUUACAAUUUUAUUUUGAUUUGCCUUCCCAGUGCCUUACAUCCUUUGUGUUAUGGAACAAUGAAAUCNUUAACGUGA